AUGUCUCAUCCCGCAACCACAGAAGUGCGGCACCAUAUCGUCUUCCUCGAAGCAGCGAAUGCGCCGCUUCCAAAGUUCGCCUUCCCUCACACAUACUGCCGUUACUCAAGCACCCAGCCUCAUGAAAUACCGGAGCGUAUCAAAGACGCGACAAUUGUCAUCCUCGGGGGCUUCGCACCCAUCACUCCGGAGCAUCUCAAGCACGCUCCUCAGUUACAGUGCGUCGCCAUCACCGCGACGGGGUUCGAUUGGUUAGACAGGGAAGCGUUUGCAGAGAGAGGCAUCACCGUCGUCAACUGUCCGCAGAACAACGUGGAUGCGGUUGGAGAGCAUUUUUUGGCAUUGUACUUUGCUGCUCGAAGGAAGAUUGUUGAAGUCCACAAUGCCGUUACCGCACCAGAAAGGUACUGGGUAAAAGAAGGCUCCUUGACACUCCGGUGGAAACAGGGGGCGCCUCUGAGCUGUCGGCAAGAAGUCCUGGGCAUUAUCGGAUACGGGUCACUCGGUCGCAAGGUUGAGAGCUUGGCCAGAGGCGUGGGGUUUGGGGAAAUCCUCAUUGCAGAGCGCAAGGGUGAAAGCAACGUCCGUGACGGGAGGACUCAUUUUGAGCAUCUCCUUAAAGCGGCGACGACUAUUGUCGUUUGUUGCCCAAGAGAACCAGGGACGUUGGGUCUUAUUUCCGCCCCGGAAUUCGAGAUGAUGAAGCCAGAGGCGCUACUUCUGAACAUUUCAAGAGGAGGAAUCGUCUGCGAAAGUGCCCUGGCCACAUCGUUGAAACAAGGCAGCAUCUUUGGAGCUGCGACAGAUGUGCUCGAGACGGAGCCUGGUGGUAUUGGAACCACCCCUCUGAUCCCAGAUGUUGCAAACGGGGAAGAGCCGGUACCGAACUUAACCAUCACUAGCCAUAUCGCAUGGUUUUCUCAAAAGACUAUUGAGAAUCUUGAUCGCAUGCUGAGACUUGGGAUUGAGGGGUUUGUGAAGGACACACUGAUGGAGAAAGCAUCGAGGGCGACUGUUAUUGUACAUAAAGGAGAGGUUUUCAAGUAA